UGCUGGUCAGGUCGGACAGCACGUCCACCGCCGCUCCUCCGUCGCCCUGCCCGUCCACGCUGUCCCGCACCUCCUCGCUGUCCACUCUGUCCUUCACCGACACCGGCUCUCCUCAGCCACAGAUGUCCCGCGUCGUCCCGGACGCCACGAGGCCGACCCCGAGAUUGGACCGCAGCGACGGGGAGCAGGCAAGGGCGCUGUUUGAGAGAGUGAGGCGCUUCCGGGCCCACUGUGAGAGCUCUGACAUCAUCUACAAGGUUUACUUCGCUCAGACCGUUUUCAAGGUCCUGAAGGUCGUUGUCAUCGUGAGCUACACCACCCCUCUGCUGGGAUCCAUCACCUUCAACCACGUCUGCCAGCCCCUGUCCCACGCCCUGACGGGCUACCGGGCCUUCGAGUGCACCCACGCGCUGGCCUCGGUCCUGCACAAGCUGCUGGUGGUCUACCUGUGCCUGGUGGGCCUCUUCGGCCUGCUGGGCCUCUACACGCUCAGCUGGAUCUGCCACAAGUCCUUGCGGAAGUACUCCUUCCAGUGCCUACACGAGACCGGCUCCAUGCUGGACGUGCCGGACCUGUGCAACGACCUGGCCUUCCUGCUCCACAUGGCCGACCAGUACGACCCGCUGCUGGCGCACCGUCUCUCCGUCUUCCUGUCGCCGGUCAGCGAGACGCGGCUGCUGGAGGAGAACCUGGAGCGGCGCUGGGGCGCGGAGCGCCUGCGGGGCAUGACCACCAGUGACCCACAGGGCCGCACGCAGCUUCAGCUGGUGGCCCUGUCCAGCCUGCCCCCUGCCCUCUUCACCCUCGGCCAGCUGGAGGUGCUCAAGCUGGAGCUCAUCGCCGAUGCCAAGCUCCCCACGCAGAUCUCCAACAUGACAGCCCUCAGGCAAUUGCAUCUCUAUCACUGCACAGCUGCAGUGGAACCGGGUGCUCUUCUGCACCUGCAGGAGCGUCUGGAGGUCCUGCACCUCACCUUCACCCAGGCCACGGACAUCCCUGGCUGGGUGUACGCUCUCCGCGGCCUCCAGGAGUUGCACCUGACUGGUCACCUGGGCUGCGAGAGCGGCGUGGGCCGCGGCUGGGCGCUGGGCAGCUUGCGGCAGCUGCGCCACCUCCGCGUGCUCACCCUCCGCGCCUCCCUGCAGCGCAUCCCGGCGGAGCUGGGCGAGGUGGCGGGCAGCCUGGUGCGCCUGGAGGUCCACAACGAGGGCGCCCGGCUCCUGGUGCUCACGGGGCUGCGGCGGCUGGCCGGCCUGACCGAGCUCCAGCUCCAGGGCUGCCAGCUGGAGCGCCUGCCCUCGGCGCUCUUGGCCCUGGCGGGCCUCCGUAGCCUGGACCUGCAGCACAACUGCCUGCGCACCCUGGAGGAGCUGCUGAGCCUCCAGCACCUGCGGCGCCUCUCCUGCCUGCGGCUGGCGCACAACCGCGUGCUCGCCCUGCCCUCCAGCGUGGGCGUGCUGCGGCGGCUCGAGCUCCUGGACCUGGCCCACAACGAGCUGCAGAGCCUGCCGCCGGCCCUCUUCACCCUCCACCGGCUCCGGCGGCUCUACCUGGCCGGCAACCUGCUGGAGGUCCUGCCGGCGGAGGUGGGCUCCCUGGCGCUGCUCCGGGAGCUGGACGUGAGCGGCAACCGGCUGGAGAGCCUCCCGGCGGAGCUCUGCACGAACUGCCCGGAGCUCCGCAGCCUGGACGCGAGCUUCAACUCUCUGGGCGCCCUCCCCCCGGACGUCGGCUCGCUGAGCCAGCUCGCGCAGCUGGACCUGAGAGGGAACAGUCUGGAGCAGCUGCCGGCCGAGCUGGGCUGCUGCGCCGGGCUGCGUGGCGGAGGCCUGCUGGUGGAGAACUGGCUGCUUCACUCGCUACCUCGUCACGUCAGGGACCUCCUGACGCAGCCCUGCUCGUCCUCCACCUCCUCUUCCUCCCAGCCGCCCUCCCGACCAGAGUCUGACAGUUUCCCCACUUUCUCCACCAGUCACUGGAGCUUCCUAUUGGCAGCAGAGUCUCGGAUAUGAAGGCAAACAGUGGCUUCAGAGACAUGUAAAAUAAAAAAAAAAUAAAAAAAAUCAUAGGCACCAAGGAGAGAUACAUAACAGCAGUGCUACUGAAUGAAUUGACAUUUUGCAUAACAUAACUAAGCAUGUUAAUUAUUGCAUCCUAUACAUCCUAAAUUUAAAAUGUAUAUUGUGAAUCAAGUAGGAAGGUAGGCUUCAUCUGAAAAAGUAAUUAAAAACUAUAAAUUCUCACAAUGGUAUUGCUAAUAUAGAUAGUAGUUGACUGACACACUCCUCAUAAUUUUUAGGGGAAAUUUGCAAACCAAUAUUUAUAAUAUUUAUAAUAAUUAUUCAAUCUUUGUCUGGCCACAUAAAACGCCUACAUGUUGUAGUGCCUGGACAAUGUGUUUAUUUCCACAUCACUGCAAUAACAAUUCCAAAAGCCAUAGCAGCAAUACCUACUUUUAUUGUAACAUUCUAAAGUGGGACUUGUAUGGCUAAAUUGUAGGCCAGAGGUGGUUUGACCUGAUAAUUUGCUUCUAACUAACAAAAUGUCUAAUAAUGAUACACAGGUAAAUGUAAUGACGAGGCAUCUUCAUAAAUGUUUGCUUUCAAAUAUAAACUCUUUUUUGUGGCUGGCAGCAAACUGAGUCACCAUAGGG